AUGGCCGCAUCUGAGGAAAUCCCUGCGGGGAUGGAAAACUUUGUCGUCGGCCUGAUUGGCAUGGGCGACAUGGGGCGAAUGUACGCCGAGAGACUGUCAGAAGCCGGCUGGAGAAUCAUGGCCUGCGACAGAGAAGAUAGUUAUGAUAGCCUGAAAGAAAAAUAUUCUGCCAAUGAGAAGAUUGAGAUUUGCCGCAACGGCCAUCUCGUCUCCCGCGCGAGCGACUACAUCAUCUACAGCGUCGAAGCCGCCGUCAUCGACAGUGUCAUUGCCAGCUACGGACCUUCCACCAAAAUGGGCGCCAUCGUCGGCGGUCAGACGUCAUGCAAGUCGCCCGAGAUUGCCGCUUUUGAGCGUCACCUCCCCGCCGACGUCGACAUCAUCUCGUGCCACUCGCUGCACGGGCCCGGCGUGGAUCCCAAGAACCAGCCCCUCGUCCUCGUGCAGCACCGCGCGCCCGACGCCUCCCUGCGCAAGGUCGAGGCCGUGCUGCGCUGCCUGCAGUCCACCUUUGUGUACCUCUCGGCGCGCGAGCACGACCGCAUCACCGCCGACACGCAGGCCGUCACCCACGCCGCCUUUCUCUCCAUGGGCAAGGCCUGGCACGCGAACCGUCAGUUCCCCUGGACCAUGAGCCGCUACGUCGGCGGCGUCGAAAAUGUCAAAGUCAACCUGAUGCUGCGCAUCUACAGCCAGAAAUGGCACGUGUACGCGGGGCUCGCCAUCCUCAACCCCGAAGCCCGCGAGCAGGUUGCGCAGUACGCGCGCAGCGUGACGGACCUCUACAAGCUCAUGCUCGUCGGGGACCUGGCCGGGCUGCGCGCGCGCCUGUACGCCGCGCGCGACAAGGUCUUUGGCACAAAGGCCUGGGGCGGCGGCGGCGGCGGCGGCGGCAGCGGCGGCAGUGGCACGCUCCUCAUUGAGCCGUCGGUCCUGUCGAGCUUCGCGCUUGGCCAGCCGCCAUCGGACGACGACCCGACGGCGCGCCGCGCCAACAACCACUUGUCGCUGCUGGCCAUGGUGGACUGCUGGGCGGAGCUGGGCAUCGUGCCCUACGACCACAUGCUGUGCAGCACACCGCUGUUUCGCCUGCGUCUGGGCGUCACCGAGUAUCUCUUCCGGACGCCGGCGCUGCUCGACGAGGCGCUCGUCACGGCAGUCGAGGACCAGACGUACCGGAGCGACGACUUGGAGUUUACGUUUGCGGCGCGCGCGUGGGCCGAAUGCGUCAGCUUGGGCCAUUUCGAGACGUGGAGGAAGCGCUUCGAGAGCACGCAGGAGUUUUUUGAGCCGCGGUUCGCAGAGGCCAAGAUAGUGGGCGACCAGAUGAUGAAGAAGGUGUUUGAGAGCACCAAGCCCUGA